UGCUGCCAUGAGCGGCGGCAAGAAGAAGAGCGGCUUCCAGAUCACCAGCGUCACCUCCGACUACCAGCCCAAGGAGGGGGGCUCCGCCCGGCCCCCCCACGAAGCCGAUGCCGGCGAAGGGGAGGGCCCGCAGCCCAAGGAGGAGGCGGCGGCCAGGAACGGGCCCUCGGCCCCCGGCUCCCCCGGGGCCCAGCCCCCCUCUUUCCAGGGGCCCGGCGGGGUGGCCGGCUCGCGGUUCCGGGUGGUCAAGUUGGACCAGGGCUCCGGAGAGCCGUACAAGCGCGGCCGCUGGACCUGCCGGGACUUCUACGAGCAGGAAGCGGACCAGCCCCUGGGGGGGCGGCUGGCGGACUCGGCCCGCCACCCCCAGUCUCUGGACUCCCGCCUGGAAGUGGCCGGGCUCCUGCCCAAGCCCCUGAGCCUCUACAGCCCCCAGCCCCAGCGCCGGGGCGUCUACUUGCACUCCCAGCUGGUCCUGCCCUCCCCUGCCUCCUCGGGCCACCAGGCCCGCUCCCUGGGGGGCGGCUUGCCCCUGCUGGCCCAUGCCAACAGGACUCUGCCCAGCCCCGGGUCCCUGCACAGCCCCCUGGCGGUGCCCGAGCCCCGGUCGCCGGCUCCUGGAGACAGCGCCAAAGAAUCCGGGAACCGGAGCCCGCCUGGUACCAUCCCGGCCCUGACGGUGGAGGAGCAUUUACUCCCCAAGAGCGUCACGCAGCUGAUCCAGAGAGAGACGGAGGAACGGAGUAAGGUUCUGCCCAGAGAAUCCCGCUCACGGCCCUCGUCUCCAGCACCCCCCCUCCUUCGAGAUGCCAGCCCCAGCCAGAGGACCUCAGACCCUUUCAGCGCUGCCCGCUUCAGCUUGGCACGGUCCAUAUUUGGCAUGGGAGUUGCCCCCGACAGCGACAGUGACAGCGGAACAAACAGCAGCAUGAUCGCCAUAGACAACAAGAUUGAACAAGCCAUGGACCUGGUGAAGAGCCACUUGAUGUUCGCCGUGCGGGAGGAGGUGGAGGUGCUUCGGGAACAGAUCAAGGAGCUGUCUGAGCGCAACGCCCUGCUGGAGCAGGAGAACGCCCUCCUGCGCUCCCUGGCCAGCUCCGAGCAGCUCUCUCACUUCCAGGCUCAGCUUCACGCUGUGGCCAAGCCCCCGCCCAGCAGCACCGCAUGACCCUG